CCGUUUUCUGUUAUCGGGGAGCGAUUAAGUGGAGAUGGCCUGCUGAUUGAGCGACUUUUGGGAAAACUUCUAUUGCAAUGUGAUCCGAAGCUCCGGAUUCAGUCAACCGUGCAACUCCACCUCCGCAACCUCGCGAUUUUUAACUCUUCCCUUUCCUUUUCCUCCUUCCCUCCGUUCGCCGCGCGUCUAGUCAUCUAGCAAUGGUUCCAAUAUCUUAACCUCGUCACGACUGUAUAUCGAAUAUCUCGUUUCGUCGUGCCUAGAGAACAAUAUAGAAGACGACCCCGCGCGCGGGCUAUCCGACGAAGCCAUGACUCUCAUCGAUUUACGCGAUAUUUUGAGCUUCCCGCAAGGCGACAACUCAACCGACACCGUAAUCAGUGGUAUACAUUUCAACUUGACGACGCUCGAUUUCUGGAACUAUACAUAUUAUCCUACGAAUAGUACGCUAUCCAAUGGAUCGUGGUGUUUCCUCGUUGAUUCGCCUUAUACUCCGGUCGGACUCUUACCCAAUGGCACCUUUCUUAAUAGUACUUGGUGUUAUCUAGCAACGCAGCCUAUUGGGAAUCGAGCGCGUGCCGGAAUUGGGUUUGCGGCGGCCUUUGCUCUAUGUCUAAUAUUCGUAUUCGUAAAUCUGAAGAAACAUGGAGAACUACAUCUUCCGGCGGAAAAGAGAUUCUAUCCGAUUGGAAGGAGAUGGCAAUGGUACUGGUCAAUCUUCGUCUGCACCACCGCUCUUGUCGGCCUUUUCACCGGCAUUGACGUCGAUCGAUAUCGUGUCGUCGAGCUUCCUCUCGUCCUGAAUGUCUUCUUCUGGUUCCUCAUGCAAAUGGGUGUUAUGGCGGUUGUUUGGGAGGGAGUGCGACAUUGGGGUAGUUGGAUGGAACGCCAAUACAUCGACCCCAACCCUUUUGUCCUCCAGCAGAAUGAUAAGAGAGGGAUGUUCGAAUUCUGGCUGCCGUUGUGGUUCUAUCUCUGGUUAUGGCUGAACUUCUUUUUGGUUAUCCCAAGAAACUGGGGUAAGAUUGAGCUUCAGCGCUCUGCUGAACAGGCGGUAGAGAAUGCGAUACCAGCUGCUACGGAUGGACGUUUCAAAGCGGCAACGUUCUGCCUCUUCGUUUGUUGGUUCACGAUUAUGGUGUCUCUCUGGCAUUCUAUUCGACACUACGAACCUCGUAAUCGUGGAUUCUUUAACCGUAUCAUCGGAUUUUUGGGAUAUAUGCCAUUCCGAUUUACUUUAAUGGUUCCACUUUCGUUGGCCGUUGUGGCAUACCAGGGUCUGUGCGCCUGGGAAUUCUACUUGUCGCCUCUGAAAGUCGGAACUAAUCUUCUUGCGAUGUACCUUGGAGGAUACGCGCCGACCCUCCUGAUCAUCAUUAUUCAGGUUAUCGCCGGGUUUAUGCGCCCGAAUGAGGAUCGUGAGCUUUCGCGCCAGCGACGAGAACGAGGACAGGCUAUUGACCAGGAACUCGGCUUUGUUCGCAAGCCCGCUUGGUGGCGCCGUGUUAAUGGCGAGGUACCAACAGAAAGCAUGCGUGAUCGCAUCAUGCGGAACGUACGAGAAGUCGGAGGCGGACGACCAACUGCAAGACAGGUCGAAAUCCUCGCAGAGCGGAGGGCCGCGGAAGCUGAAGCUGAAGCAGAAUCGAACCCCACUCGCACGAACGCGAUAGAGAUGAACGAAAUGCGGCGCACAAAUAGCAUCCACAGUAGCAUCCGUGGGGUAGCUGCUCCGCCACCGUAUACACCUUAUGGGGGCAAAUCGGACACGCGAAGGUCCGAGCGUACGAUGCAGAUGGCGGCUGGCCUCCUAUUCCCAGGCGCAAAUCCUGAAGUUUCUGCCGGUAGGGGCAGAGGCACGGAAGUAUCUAAUGAGCAAACUCGGCGCCCAGGCACGAGCGAGAGAAGCUCGAGCACUAAUAGUGGCCAAUCCACGAACGUGCCUCCGCAACAAAUCAAGAGUAUGUUAGAUGUAUAAGUGUCCGGGUAACACGAGACCAUUGAGGGUCAUGUUGGAUCAUAUGACACAUGUGGUACGAUUGGUCGGAUUUUUAUUGAAGGUUUUCAUGAUGACUGAACGCGGCGUGGGGAAUUGGAAACCUGAUGUUAAC